AGGAUGGAGAAGAUUAUUGCAUUCUUUGUGCCUGUUUUUACCUUUCCGUUUACUGUAUUUUUAUAUGUAAUUUCACUGAAAAUGAAAAGAAAACAUUCAGAGAGGAAAACUAAGCUCCCUCCAGGCUCCAUGGGGUCGCCUUAUAUUGGAGAAACUCUUCAGCUCUACUCCCAAGAUCCAAAUAUCUUUUUUUCUGACAAAGUAAAAAGGUAUGGAGAAAUCUUCAAGACUCAUGUACUUGGUUGCCCUUGUAUAAUGUUGGCCAGCCCAGAAGCAGCCCGAAUCGUGCUAGUCACUCAGGCACAUUUGUUCAAGCCGACGUAUCCAAAGAGCAAGGAAAACUUCAUCGGCCAGUCUGCGCUGUUUUUUCACCAGGGAGAGUACCAUAUGCGGCUUAGGAAGCUCGUCCUUGGCGCGUUAUACCCGGACGCAAUCCAAAACCUAGUGGCAGAUAUUGAAGCCAUAGCAGUGUCUGCAAUGGAUUCGUGGGCCGGUGGCCGUGUCAUCAACAUUUUCCAUGAGAUGAAAAAUUUCUCAUUUGAAGUAGGUAUACUCUCCAUUUUUGGUCAUUUGGAGUCCCAUUAUAAAGAAGAAUUAAAGAAGAACUAUAGCAUACUCGAUAGAGGGUACAAUUCUUUUCCAACAAACUUGCCUGGAACUCCAUACCAAAAGGCAAGGAAGGCAAGGAAGAGGUUGGGUGAAAUAUUAAGUAACAUUAUGAGAGAAAGAAAGGAAAAGAGGUUUACGGAGAAGGACCUGUUGAGUUGUCUGCUAGUUUCGAAAGAUGAGAAUGGUGUAACUCUAAAUGAGGAUCAGAUUGCUGACAACAUCAUCGGAGUACUUUUCGCAGCACAAGACACGACUGCGAGUGCCAUGACAUGGAUUCUCAAGUACCUUCAUGACUACCCAAAAAUUCUCGAGGCCGUCAAGGCUGAACAGAAGGCAAUAUACAAAUCAAAUCGAAAUGAAAAUAGUCAUUUAACAUGGAAUCAAACAAGAAAUAUGCCAUUUACUUACAAGGUGAUUUUAGAGAGUUUAAGAAUGGCAAGCAUUAUAUCAUUCACAUUUCGAGAGGCAGUGACAGAUGUGGAAUAUAAAGGGCACCUAAUUCCGAAGGGAUGGAAGGUCAUGCCUUUAUUCAGGAAUAUUCACCACAAUCCUGAUUUCUUUGUUGAUCCUCAGAAGUUUUUUCCUUCCAGAUUUGAGGAUGUGUUGAAACCCAAUACGUUUAUGCCAUUUAGCAGUGGAGUACAUGCCUGCCCCGGUAACGAACUUGCGAAGCUAGAGAUGCUCGUUAUGAUCCACCAUCUAAGUUCUCAGUUCAGGUAUGAAGUGGUGGGAUGCCAAAGUGGGAUUGAACAUGCGCCAUUCCCCAUCCCUUUCCAUGGACUCCCUGCCAGAUUUUGGAAACAAGAACCAACCAAUUAAGUAGGACAUACCAAGACAAUUGUUUCUUAACCAAUUUUCACUUUUCCUCUCUGUUCCCAUAAUCCAAUUUCCUCUCCAAACUAAUAUGGGGAUGGCUUUUUUUCCUCAAAAUGAAUUAAUAUAGGUUCAUAAUCAAUGAACUAAUAAUCAAUGAAGAAUUGUAUUCAUAUAUCUCAUCGGUUAAAUAUAGAAAAAUACGUACUAUUUUUAUUGUAGGGUUGGUAUUGAAAUUGACUUGAUUCAAUUGAAUUAUCUUGUUUCUUGGCUUUGUUGACUUGAAAAAUCAUUUUAUUUUCU